AUGAAAAGCUUUACUCAAGAGGAUCAAAAUGGCUUUCAAGGUAAAAUACAGCUUGAUAAUUUAGCCAGAAGCAACCAAUUUUAUGUUGCACAAGUAAGCCAGAUGGAAGUCAAAAUUUCUGAACUAAAAGCACUUGUCCAAGCUAAAGACAGUGAAAUUUCAUAUUUAAAGAAAAGAGUAUAUAGCUUGGAGGAGCAAGAAGAAGAAAUACUUACUCCCCCCUCCGUGAGUGAACAAAAAAAUUUUGCACUCUCGGAGGGGGGUUAAUUUUUUUUUUUAAAUAAAAAAUUUUUUUUUCAAAAUUUAAAAAAAUCCUAAUUCGCAAAAAUUGGAAAGCAAAUAUUAAUUUAAUUUAUAAAAUUUAUGUUUUAAAAAGCAAUUCGUUUAAAAUUAAACAGAAUUGGCUCUAGAUUUCAUUAUACUAAUUAUCAUUAAUAUAUCAAAAAAAUUUUUCUAUUAAAAAAAAUUUUUGUUCACUCAUGGAGGGUGGGUUUUUGGGCAAAAAAUAGCGAUUUUUCUAAUGGUUUUGUUCACUCACAGAAGGGGGGGAGUUAGAAAUUCCGCUAAUAUUUCAAAUCAAGAGCUAAGUCAGCUUAAGUCUAGAAAUGCAGCUCUUGAAGAAGAAAAUCAAUUACUAUCUUCUUCCUUUUUCAAGAAAAAAUAUUGCUAAAGCCAAUAUAAUAAAAGGGAAAUAUCUCCAUCAAUUAAAAAGAAUUUAACAAGAAGAAAUCAAUUAAACCAAUUCGAAGACAUCUCAGAUAUGAAAAUCCAAUUUGAGCACGCAAAACGAAUGAAAGAUAUUUUUGAGCAAAAAUACCGAGAUGCCAAAUCCACAAUGAUCAAAGCAGAAAUGAAUUUUUCUAGCCAAGAAGACACUAUAAAGAGUGAAGGAUUUUAUAAAGACGAGUGAGAUAAAAACAUAUACAAGACUGCCAAUUUUGAAGAUUCCACAGUAAAACAGCCUACAACUAAAGAAACCAACGACUACAAUCGGAAAAUAUCAGAAGAAAAAGAACUUUAUAAAAGAAAAUGUGAGGAGGUAGAGAGAAAUUUUAUAGAUUUGAAAUAUCAAUAUGAAAUUGCCAUAGAAAAAAUCAAAGGCUUUGAGUCAGGAUUAAGAUCAGAAAGAUCAUCUUCAGUAUCGUCUACGUCUAUUAGUGAUACACAGUCAAAAUCAUAUCGAUCACUUAUGAAUAAAAACAAAAUAAUUGACCAGAUCCAAGCCAAAAAUGCUAUGUCGCCAGCAAAACCAACAAGCUCACUUAGUUCUCCUCAAUCCAAUAAAUUUUUUUAUAAACCCCAGGCAUCAAAUGAAUUAUUUAAAGUUAACCCUGAAUCGCCAGCUACAAAACCACCACUUAGCAAUAAAAAAUCUGAUUUUAAAAUAAUCCCUAUAGCACAUGAUACUGAGAAUUCAGCUUCUUUAGAUUCUACAAUGGAAAAAGUGGCGAUGGCAAAUUCAUUAUUGAAAGGGCAAAAAGAAAAUAAACAAAAAGAUCCAUUGUCUAUAAGUAUGAGCAGCUUCAAAAAAGAACAUAUAUUUAAAGAUGUGGAGGCAAAUCCUUCUUUUGGAAAUAGGAAUAAUCCGAUAUUAAAUUCUGCUAAAAAAGCAGAAUAUUGCCCUGUAACGUUAAGAAAUAUGAAGGCUGGAGUGAAGAAGCCUCAAUUUGUUAUCGACUUGGAUCAAAAUGAAAAAAUAAGCUAA